AUGGUAUCUACGUUUAGUAAUAGUGCACGACUGUUUCGUUGUUUAUUCAGUUCUGAAUUUCGACAAUGUUCGUAUUUGGCAACAAUAACAACGUCUCAAAUAAGAAAUUAUGAUCCAACAUUAGGAGGUAUCAUAUUUUCUAAUUUUACUUUAUCAACUAAUAAGUCAGUUAAUUAUCCAAACGAUACAUUUAAAAGAAAUAACAUAUUACCAAGAAUUCUACCAUCAUUACCAACGACUAAUUAUACAUUGCCAGCGUCUUCUUCUUUACGUGACGCUAUAUUAGAUAUGAAUAUAUUGAAUUAUUAUGAUUGUCCAUCAUCUAAAACUGAUUUGUUAAUAAAAUGUGCAUGGACAACAACAGAUUAUCGUUAUAAACGACAACGUCGUGUUCGACGACAUCCAUCAAAAUUAAUAAAUGCAAUGAAAUAUCGUGCACGACGAAUGCGUUUACAUCAUAAAAAAAAAUGGUUAAAAAAACAUAAAUAUGCUUUAUUAAAACGUUUAAGAGAAAAGAUAAAACGUCGUGGUAAAUUAUUUGAAAUGGAAAAUGCCAUUAUUCUCGGUAAAGCAGAACAAUUUAAUCCCGAAUUAUAUGUUAAACGUGAAUUAGAAAAGGCAAAAUUUUAUGGCUAUCGGGUAUCACCAGUAUACGAUGAAUUAAGAGAAAAAAUUAACAAUAUCAAAAUUGAAAAUUGA